CCCUUUGACAGAGUCUUGUAUGCCAGAGCUAGAGGCCACAUCAGAGAACCACAGAGCACCCACCUCUCUUUGCCUGAGAGUCUGGAAGUGGAAUUGGGAGGAAGAGGAGGCAAAAAGGAUGGGCAGCAAGGAAGAUGUGGGCAAGGGGUGUCCAGCGGCCGGUGGCGUCUCCAGCUUCACUAUCCAGUCCAUCCUGGGCGGGGGCUCCUCGGAAGCACCGAGGGAGCCGGUCGGCUGGCCGGCCAGGAAACGCAGCCUGUCCGUGUCCUCGGAGGAGGAGGAGCCGGACGACGGCUGGAAGGCGCCCGCCUGCUACUGCCCAGACUCGCAUGGUCCCAAGGAGCGGGGCUCCAAACACCAUCCCCCCAUCCCUUUUACUUGUCUGGGUACUUCGAAGGGCAGCGGAGGUGCUGGACCGGCGGGCUCGGAGCGCACGCCUUUCCUCUCCCCUUCACACUCGGACUUUAAGGAGGAAAAAGAGAGGCUCUUGGCUGCGGGCUCACCCUCGCCGGGUCCUGAGCGGCAGCGGGACACCGGCGCUGAGCGGCAGGCGGGAGCAGCCAAGAAGAAGACGCGCACCGUCUUCUCGCGCAGCCAGGUGUACCAGCUCGAGUCCACCUUUGACAUGAAGCGCUACCUGAGUAGCUCGGAGCGUGCCUGCCUCGCCUCCAGCCUGCAGCUCACUGAGACCCAGGUCAAGACUUGGUUCCAGAAUCGCCGCAACAAGUGGAAGCGGCAACUCUCCGCAGAGCUGGAGGCGGCCAACAUGGCGCACGCGUCGGCGCAGACUCUGGUGGGCAUGCCGCUGGUGUUCCGGGACAGCUCGCUGCUGCGCGUGCCGGUGCCACGCUCUCUCGCCUUCCCUGCACCGCUCUACUACCCCAGCAGCAACCUCUCCGCCUUACCGCUCUACAAUCUGUACAAUAAGCUCGACUACUGACCCGCCCGCCGGCCGCGCGCCGCCUGCCCGCGGACCCUGCGCAACUUGCGCCCUUCACAGGGCUCUAGAGCAAAAGGGCGUGUUUCCAGAAAUAUUAAGUAAUACACCAUGUGUAUUCAUUAUCUCUUAUUUAUGGGCUCUGCCCUACUUUUUUGUUUUGUUCGGGUAUUUAUCGGCAUUCCUCAAGCCAGAUCGCCUGCUUUCCAUCUUAACCAAACCAAUGCGUUUUGAAAACCAUUUUUGGAGGGGGAUAUUCUCGGGUUGUUGCGGGAAAGGGAGCUUUGGCCAGAUCAGCUUUGGUUAGUGGGGGGAAAAAUCAGAAAACACCACCAACAACAACAGACAAGAUUUAUUCCUACCCAUAUAUACAGCUGGAUAAAUGUAUAUGCACUCACAUUCGGCCAAACCAAACCCUCUGGGGCUUUGGACCUUGAUCUCAUCACCUGUUUUCGUUUCCUUCAUCCUGAGGAUGGGUAGGGGCGAAAUGGGGGUAGUUUGGAUCUGUAAAUAUUUUAAAAGAAAAAAUAAAACAUUUUAAACAUCGUUAUAAGGAGGGACUGAUUAUCUUGCAUGUAAGGUGUAGGACGCUGUCUGGCUUUUCUUUGGCAGAACUCCACUGCAUACCACGUGGAGGGUGGGGCCUCGGUUAAAGGUUAGAACAUUAUAGCAGCCCUGGCAGAACUUUCGCUGCGCACUUCCCGAUUCCCACUUGCAGUCCCUACAAUCUUGGUGCGGCCUGGGGCAGCACUCGGGGUAGAUCAGGCUGCAGAGCCCGCGUGCAGACAGACAAAGGCAGGGAAGCGAGGGAAGCGAUUGCCUUCCGGCAACAAGCCGAGCCUGGGAGCUAAGAGCAUCUUCCUUGCACUGUGUCACCUCGGGCUUGUCCGAAGCGGGGCACGCUAGGAAACAGCACGAACUAUGCCUCGUGCCGCUUCUUAUGCGACGUGGGGCAGGCGGCGGCGCUGCUUGUCAGCUGGUAAAAUGUCCAGUUGUCGCAUUGAGCCUGGUGCGACCGGCUUACAGCCACGUACAGUGGCGCAUCCUGCGCAUAGCGGGAACUGAAUGUAGCAAGGUUGCACAGAGGUCCGAGGUCCAAAAGUGCGCAGGAGGCAAAGGCGCUUCCCCAGACUCUUUUUGGUUGUUAAUACAGUAGUUUGCGUUAUGCUUGGCUAACUGCUAAAGGACAGGCCAGCACACAGCCGCUCUUUCUGUACUCAGCAGUGAUGCGCGGCGAAGACGCCCAAGAACUUCUGUGUCCAGGCACCACCGCCACACUGGGGCUAAGAACACGCUGCACGGAGAGAUUCGCCGCGCUCCAGUCAUGCAAAUACCAGCCCCCCUUUCCCGUGACAUCGCACCCACUGGUUCCUUGUAAAAUAUAGGAAAUGGAAAUACGAGGGAGCCCCACAUAGACCGAGGCCCUCCAGCCUCAGGCCGGUAUCCCGUUAAACUGGUGCAAAAACCUGGGGGAGUCUACAGGGCAGAGGCCGGAGCACAAUCUCUAGAAAGGAAACGUUUGGGUGAGAGACUUGUCUCUUUGAGCCAAAAGGCAUCAACCAUCUUCAUUUUGUGAAAUAUACAGACUAUUUGUAAACUUUUUGUGACCCACAUUAUUCUGUGUUUAAUAUCUGACCAAAAAAAAUUCAGAUACUGUUCAAUGUUUUUUUCUUCUAUUAGCUUUGAAAAAUAACUACAAUUUUAAGUUAUCAAUUGUGCCAAUGUACUUGGUUCAGGUACAUUUACUGCAUUUAGCCAAGACCACAUUAAUGUUUAGUGAGUCCUAGUAUGUUUUGAAAACCUACACUAAGUUUUGGGUAUAGGUCAGAGUGAGAACAAAAGUGACAUGGAUGUGUUUUCUGGUUUAUUUUCUACAUAUAUUUCAUCUUGCAGAAGAUU